CCGCGCGCAGUGUGUACGCUAGAGCUUGGGCACACCGCACGUGCCUCCCCGUUCUCUAUCCAGUCUCGCGCACUCUCGCCAGGCCUCUGCGGCAAAGGCCCCCACCCCCAUUCAUUCAAGUUGUGUGCCGAACUUGGCCGUACAUAUAACGCCCCGUCGCACGCCAAUAUUCAGAUCACCUUUGAUAUAGCUUUGGAACGCUAUAUAGAGCAGCACCAGCUGCGUGAUUCGUACUUUAUAUUUUUUUUUCUCCCGCGCUGUCUGUGAGAAAGAAAGAAGAACACAUAAGUCGGCAACUGCUGGCUUUUUUUUUCAGCGUGUGAGAGAGCACGGAACGUGAAGCGAAGCGCCACGUAAGAAGAGUACAGUCCACGCAUCCGCGCGCGUUGUGUCGCGUGUUCUAGCAAGGAGAGAGAGAGCAACUGCAACUCGUGAUCCGCCGAGAGUUGAGCAUAUUUUUUUCCCUUCUUCUUCUUCUUCUCUACCGAUAUCGGCGAAGAGCAAAGACAAGGCCUGCUUGCUUUCUCCUGGUGAAUACUUGCUCUCCGGUGGAGCGCAGCGGCAGCAACUCUGUGAUACGCGACUUGAGCCUCCACUGCCUCCGCCUAGCCUUUCUCUUCUCAGCAUCCGGGAACGUUUCUUCUCCGACCUCGAGCCACGGACCAAGGGAGCGGCAUCCUCACCACCUCGGAGAGCCAUGGCCUACUCCCCCGUCAAAAUGAUGCGAUACAAGCAAGCUAACGGUAACCACCACCACACCGUAGCGUUGCCACCGCCCCCGCCGGACAUCCCCGAGGUGAUCAUCACGGCCUCGCGCGAUGUCGACGAAAACAAGGAGCGUGGCAACUGGUCCUCGGGUGUCGAGUUCCUGCUCUCGUGCCUCAGUUACGCCGUCGGCCUCGGAAACAUAUGGCGGUUUCCUUACCUGUGCUACCGCAACGGAGGAGGUGCCUUCCUCAUCCCGUACACCAUCAUGCUGCUCUUCGUGGGACUGCCUCUCUUCCUCUUGGAGCUGUCGUUCGGCCAGUACGCCAGCGAAGGGCCGAUCACUAUAUGGAAGAUAUCACCGUUAUUUCAAGGAAUUGGAUACGCGAUGUUCCUGAUGACUGCAUUGGUAGGAGUGUAUUACAACAUGAUCCUGGCCUGGUCAUUAUUCUACUUGGGUUCAUCCUUGACCACGACACUGCCAUGGAGUUCUUGUAGCAACUGGUGGAAUACGGAUGCGUGCCGGAGGUUCGAUACAAAGAACUGCACUGCCCACGGAGGAGUUCACCUCGCCAACGGUUCGUGCAUCAUCGAAGACGAAGUUGACCCGGCCGUCUGGGAUGCGGUGAAGAAUUCUACAGACAACACGAAAAUGGCCAGUGACGAAUUCUUCCACAACUAUGUGCUGGACCUGACCGAAGGGCUACACGACCUUGGCGGAGUGCGGUGGCAGUUGGCUCUGUGCCUUUUCAUCUGCUGGGUCAUCGUGUUCUUCUGCUUGUACAGAGGCGUCAAGACAAUGGGAAAAGUCGUCUACUUCACAGCCUUGUUCCCAUACGUCGUACUUGUCAUUCUGCUGAUCCGAAGCUGCACUCUCGAAGGCGCUUACGAUGGCAUUAUGUUUUAUCUGACGCCACAAUGGGAACGACUUAUAGAAGCUAGGGUCUGGGGUGACGCUGCAAUGCAGAUCUUCUUUUCCUUGUCUCCGUGCUGGGGAGGCCUUAUUACUUUAGCCAGCUACAACCGUUUCCAUAACAACUGCUACAGGGACACGCUGUUCAUCUGCUUCGGCAACUGCGGCACGAGCUUCUUCGCUGGAUUUGUCAUAUUUAGCAUAGUCGGUUUCAUGGCACACAAGCUGGGUGUGAACGUGUCUGAAGUCGCUGCUCAAGGUCCCGGACUAGCAUUUGUGGCUUACCCCGAAGCGGUGACUCAUUUACCUCUGCCACCUCUGUGGGCGUUCCUAUUUUUCUUCAUGCUCAUGACCCUGGGAAUGGGAACUCAGUUCACGAUUAUCGAGACAGUCGUUACCACCAUCGUCGAUACCUUUCCAGAGAAACUUCAGCACAGAAAACCUCUCGUGUUGCUCGGUGUUUGUACAACGCUGUUCUUCGCAGGACUCAUCAUCUGCACAAACGGUGGCAUGUACGUGCUGCAGCUGAUGGACAACUACUGCGCUAGCUUCUCUGCCUUGAUGAUCGGCUUGACAGAAAUCAUCGUGAUAGCCUGGGUCUACGGCAUCGAUCGGUUUAUGGAGGACAUCAAGGUCAUGUUGGGUCAUUAUCCAUUCCCCGUGCGCUACUGGAGGUUGGUGUGGAAGUACCUGGUGCCGACGCUUAUUUCGGGCAUCUUGGUGUUCUCCUGGAUCGACAUGCCUGCGACCAAGUACGGUGACUACGAGUUCCCCUCUUGGGCCACCGCUGUGGGAUUCCUGUUCUCGUUUACCUCGGUCAGCGCCAUACCGAUCGUGGCUCUGAUUAAGAUCUACAAUGCCAGGGGAACGUUAAAAGAGCGCAUCAAGAUGCUUUCCCAGCCGACGGCUGAAUGGGGACCCAAGCUGCAGAUACACCGCAUGGAGACGCACAGCCCCAAGCACACGGACUCGCAGGUGCCUCUGGCGCUGCCCAGCUACAACCAGGACGGCGACGACGACGACAUGUUCCCGGUGUACUACAAGCCCGACAACGGUGACUCCGAGUCGGAAGCCGGCGGCAUCAGUCUCAACAUCCGAAAGAGCUCCUACGAGUCGGGCCGCUGAGGGCGCCGUCUGCAUGCAGAGAGCGCCAGCUACGGGGCUGCUUCCGACCGCGACGCGGCCCCGACGUCGCCGGCACGACGUCUUCCUCCGCAAGUGCCACAGCAGCACCGUCUUCCACGGAGAGAUUCAGGGCCGGCACCUCGGCUACCCAGACAGUCGGAGGUUGUUCACACCCUGUAGCUGUACUCUAGCCAGCAUCUCAGUUCUUUGGCUGCGAGAUCUUUGCUAGGCUAGGCGGAGGUAAACCAAAGUCGCCUGCCAAACGCCUGUUGAUAAGAGGAAGGUUAUCGGGGCAUCGACUCCGGCGGCCUUCUUUUCCAUCUCCCGAGAGAUCUCGCGCACCACCAUCGAGAUACAAUCUCGUGCGGCAUGGGCUGUUGCCACAGGAUCUAUCCCUCCCGAACCGAAGUAAUCGUUUGUAGUGCACGAGCAAAGGAUAAUAACCUCUCCUCAGUGGGAGGUCGAUGUCGAUGCGGUGGCUGACGAAAGCAUGACGCUGUCACCACUUCAAGAGCCCUCCUUUACCUUGCCUUGUGAAUCGAACUUGCUGGAGGAACGUGCAACGUAAUUGGCGUUUAUCAGGCGACUGGUUUACAUCUCCUGGAUAAGAAACGUACUAUAGCGUCACUCCGUCAUCACAUUGUGACGUAAUGGCUCGAAUGCACUUGGCCUCGGCUAAUCGCGACCUGGCAAAGGACGCUCAUUUAGUGUCCUGGCCUAGAUAAGUGCAAAAAAAAAAAAAGAUCAAAAGGAAACAUGAACUUCAACUUUGUUUUCUAAACAUAUGCGCUUUGCAACAGCAUGGCAAUGAGCCUAUUAUAGUUGAGAAGCUGGCUAAGAGCCGCCUGUGUAUCAGACAAGCCAAACCUGAGUCCCUAAGGAUUUAAGUACUGAUUUUGCCAGCUUGUUAGCUAGUAUUGUGAACCUUGCAGCAAGGUAAUGUGUAGCUUAGGGAAGAUUUCGAAAGCGAGUACGUUUUCGCUUUGUGAAUUUUUCCUUCUCGCAAGUUGCCGACGUCAUAGAAACGUGCGGGUGCGUCAACAACACGACGCUAUAGCAACUUGACGUCACAAGUAUUUAUUAUGAAAAAGAAAAAAAACAUCUGGCAUGGCCACACGACAUGCGUCUAAGCUGAGUAUAGUUCAGAAGUUUAUAUACUGCCGGUCCUUACUUGAUCUGAGACGCCUACUUUGUUUCAGCCUGAUAUCUGAUGCUGUUGGCUAUUUUCAAUGGAAACACGUAAAAAGAAACUUACGGUAGCAAAUAUGUGAUAGCAGGUGAGGACUAUGAUGCACCCUUAGUAGAGAAACAUUAUGACAGCAAAGGAAGAUGAAAUAGUUUAUAACCUUUUAUUCAACUCUUCCAUGAAAAUUCGAACUUGCGAAGUGCUUUUUCGAUAAAAAAAUUGUCGUUUUCAGGAGGUAACAUAGAAGUCUCAGUGUCGGGCUGAAACGAAGUACACUCCUGUGAAGAUGGUGCUCUGGGCAUCUAUGUGUGUCCAUGUAUUAUAUCAAUUGUUUAGUAAAAGAAUCCGUUGUAACAGAUACAGGAUUUCAUCGAUCACAGAAAAUUCAGCUAUUGUACAUUGCGCUUAUUGUAUCGUUUGCAGGUUUGGUGCAAUGAAAAAAAAAGUCAUUUUCACAGACAUAGAGGAGCCCUGUGUAUCCAUAGAGUCACACAUAUCACUUUUCCUGUACGGUUUGUUUGCAAGUACAGUCAACUUUUUGGUGGCUAGCGCACAUCAUAAGAGAGAGAGAAAACAAUCUGGCAUGUCAGAAACACCACUAGCAUUUUUACACGUGGAAUUUGCAACACCUUUACAUGCGGAUUAUUGUAAUUGGCUAAAGAAUGCUGAUUUUCAUGACACGAUGGCAUAUUCAAAAAUAAGAAGAGAGAAACAAGGCUGGCAAAAGGCCCGUCGUGCCUCAGUGCUGUUUGCUUUUUAAAAUGGUAUUCAAUUGGUGAAACUAACUUUCUCACUUAAAAAUUAACGAGCACGCGAGAACGCUGCUUAGUAUUUUAGUGUAAUCAUUGUACAAAAAGAGAAAAAGAAAGCUAUCUCUACCUUGUGCUUUCUCAGACACUCGCUUGUUCAAUGACAAACAUUUGUAUACGAAUAGGUAGACAAUAGAUUUUUCACUUUCCUAGUGCAUUUCUGACAGAAUUUCUGUCAGAAUGCACAUUUGUGUCAUCAACCUGGUGAUUGCACAAGCUGUUUGUUGAGAAUAUUAAGACCCGUUAGCUCAUUUCGUACUGGUACGCUGUUCACAAAACAUAUUCAAGACGUGGCAUGCAGUUUUCGACAGUUUGUAUACUUGUAGGUCAUGAAUGAGCGAUGCCCUUCUCAUCGGGUUUGAAGAGAGUGCAAAUCUAUUUUGUCCUUUCCAAAGUUAGUGACAGAGAAAGGGGGGAAGCAUAACGCGUGCCACCUUGUGUGCUCUUCGACCACGGUAUUUUAGCAUUUCGAGAGUACACACUUGGAUGAGGGGCGACAAUUUUUAGCUGUGAUGUUGCUUGCUCACAUUAUUAUAGAGAGAGAGAGGAAAAGUAAUUUAUGAGAGUAUGCGCGAAGAAAAGAAAAAAAGCGCCUGUGUUUAUGUCUUCCUCUGAAGCGGUAUACAUGACUUGAGCAGUACCCAGAGAGCGGUGAUCAACUUGUAUAUAGUCAUACUUGUAGAUUUAUCAUGAAACUGCUGGUUUGUACUUACAAGUGCCACGUCGUGACGUUCACUUUUUUGUCAUUCAUCUCGCCAUUAUUUUGAGCCUGUUGCUGUUGUUGCUACAUGCAUUCUCUUUUUUGUUGCCGGGACGCUGUUGAGAUGAACGAUUGUGCUGUUCGGUAUCGGGCCGUGGCGACAGGCAGGCUGUGAAGAUUCGCAUCGAUUACAGAUUGUAGUUCAGAGAGAAACUGUUGUGACCUUUACAAUAGCAAUUAACAACCAGUUAAUCAACCAGAAAAAGAAAAAAAACAUACUUGGCAAAGACAAGCAGGACGGUGCUGGUUCUGUCGAAUUUCAGCAAUUUGGCCUGGUGCUCGUUGAACACUUAGUGGCCAUUUUUGGCUUUGUAAUUGAGUGUGCAAUGCUGUAUUUUCCGAAUUUAAAUUCGUCUGUUAUUUGAAAGGUUGUUCACGCUUGUUCAGUCAUAUUGACUAGUUCAGACUUGCUCCUUGAUGAACACUGGAGGGUAUCGAGUAUGUCACAGAUCGAAACCCUUUUGAUUGGUUCUUGCUUUAUCUUGAUAAAAGUGCCAGCUAUCAUUUGUCUGUUGACCACAUAAAAUGAUGUUCAGCACGUUCGUUCUUCCAGUUCACGUAUACAAGAGUGAGUGUUAAUUACAUAUAAAGGGCACCACGAAUGCAAUUGCAUGAAGCUUAGAAGAAGCCGCCGCACUGUGAAGUUGUACAUACAUCUGUCUAUUUACACCGGUUUUAGAGACAUAUGACUGAGCCACCCUUUCUCCUCCUUUCUUUUCUCGGGGGAGGGGGUAUGAAGGGCGGAGAGGCAGUGUCGCGAACGUCUCUUGCGACUACAGACAAGGAACACACGACACACAAGAAUCAGGGAGGCCUACCGACUCUUGCAGACUUGUGCCAACUGGAACGCGAUGACAGUCUGUCACGAGUUUGUUGUCGCGUGUUUGUUAAGCGUGGUUGCUAGUCAUUUUAUUGCCCUGCGCAGCAAGCGCAUUGCUGCUGCACAGCAAGGUCCGUCGUGCACUCGGUGUCGGGGUCGUUACUUUCGGUUCGCGAGCCCCAAGUGGGCGCCCAGCUUUUAUACGUAUCGGUGUCGAGGUUAUAACUAUUUUCUCAGUUCCAUUUCAUCAGCCGAAAUGCGCAACCUGACGAACAAGCAAAAGCUGGCGUUUAGUGAGCACUGCGAUGUAUACUUGUGCCUCGGCUCGUAAUUGCCUGCAGUCAACCUGCCAACAUCCUUCGAAAGCAUUGUAUUUUUAAGCUAACUUCCACCAUUGUUGUGUUGAUAGCUUGACUGUUUGGUGGUAAAGAGCUGAACACCGGAAUAGUGUCUGUUUGGGCUUGUUGGUUCAACACAUUGACAAAUUGUGGAGCAGUAAACCAUAGAUAGACAGAAGAAGCGAGAAUGUCGAGACUGUAAUAGCACUCGUUUGUCUUCUCGCUUCGACUGUCUAUGUUUUUCUGCGCUAGAUUUUGUCAAUAGACUGAACACGUUGGUAUCACCCCGCCAUAGCGGUCAUGUAAAACAGCGCUACCGCCGGUGGUUAUUAAUAUCUAACAAGGUUCUUCUCUGUCGCCGUUGACUAAGUUGCAGCUUCAUAGCGGUACUCGUUGCUAUUAUUCGACCCUCGCGAGGAAGCCUGCUGCGAUUGUUUACGAUCCUCGUUGUCAUCGCAGUGAAUCCUUGAAAAGGUUCCUACUGUAUACAUGUUUAAAUUCUCACGACAUGCCGUUGUAGCGGUGACAGAAUGAACUUAUGGUACAAGACAAGAAACUCAGCUGAAGGCUGCUCACUCUAGCCGUGCUCCGGCUUUUGCAAUUUAGGGCAGCGAAGAUCACAAUGUUGUGUCACUCACAAAUCCCCCUGUUUUAAAUGUCUAUGCCUUCGGGUUGGAACUUAUGUUAUUCUACGGGUCGUGACGACACCAGAAAGUAAGCCAGUGUGACGAAGCAUGCUACCUGAGAUCGCGCAGGAUAGUUCAACAAUUGUACAAGCUUUGGCUUCUACAGUAAUACGAACGAGAAGUCGCAACGGCAAUAUUCUGGAUUUGAGAGUUUUAGAGCUGGAUUUGUUUCCAAGUGGUCCUUCUUCGCAAUACUUGUUUUGCAAUAACUAGAGCUCGCGGCAUUCUCAACUGUGCAGACACACGCGAAACUACAUAAAUUUUGCUUUUUGCAUCUAUCUGUUUGUAUUGCUUCACAAUCAUAAAUUGGUUCUCGUAGUAUGCAACACCGGUGUCCACGCCGAACUGUCUGCUCAACGAAGGGUUUUCGAAAUGUCUCUUCCUGUACAUACGUAACAUAGAAUGACUCAUCACAUUGUUCCAGGUCCUGAAAACGUGCUAUAAUAUUUUUUUGUUUGUAUGUCUUCAUUUCAUCCUCAUGACAUUGAACUUGUUGCAUGAAUGAUUACAUAAUAAACAUCUGGUGAGAA